AUGAUCUUUAUCCUGCUGUUCACGAUCGAUACGUACGAUGACACGAUCAGCGUCAAUCCGGACACGUCCUAUCUGCGCUGGAACAACACCUUUCCCGCCAUAUCGCUGUGCUACGCGAAAGGCCGCACGAAUCAAAUAUCCACCUUUCUCAAGGAGGACUGGCAGAGGAGUAACUUUACCCCGCCGAAAAGGUGAGCCACGAAUUAUUUGUGGCCCAAAAUGGCCCAAACGUACCUGUUCGUUAACCCGAACACUAAUCUUGAUGAGGAUACUAGAGCGUUAUGUGAUGGGCUAAAUAGUACGUGUAAUCUCAAUCUAAAGGUGAUGAAGAAUAGAUUUCUACCUUCGAACUGCAAGGAUGUCCUUUUUGAUGUGAAAUUCAUUGGAGAAUCAUUUGAUUGCGAUCGUAUAUUCCGCUACACAUUGACCGAGAUGGGAAAUUGUUUCACAGCUAACAGCAUAUUCGAUCAUGAGCUAACAUUCGAUCAUUUGCCGUUAAAGUUUAACGUUUGGACGCGUAAAAGAAGCUUGGAGUUUCGCUAUCGAAACCACGACACGAUCAACUACAUGAUGUACAUCCACAGCCCGCAGGAUUAUCCUAACUUUGUGGAACCAUUUUACGCACUGAGGAAAUCGGGCGUUGUUUCUCAUUUUAUGAUACAGAUUACCGAAACAGUGAACCAACCGGAGGUGAAGGAUGAACCGAUUGAGAAGCGUAAAUGUAGAUUUCCCGAGGAAAGACUUUCGCCCGUACUGGCGUACAGCUUUUCGCAGUGCUUUCUCUACAAUCGCAUCAAGCUGGAGCUGAAGCUGUGCAACUGUACGAUUCCGACUUCACCGAAAGCGUAUGAAAAGUUUUACUGCGAUUUCAAUGGUCUUCUCUGCAUAAACAAGGAAAAUGUGAAACAAUUAACAAAACAUGUGCACACCAUACACAAGGACCGUUCUUGCAUACAAACGUGCGAAUCGUUGGAAAGCCACGUGAUUGGUGAAACAUUCAAACCCACCAAUUCGAGCUCCGAGCCGGGAAAAGUGAUCCUGGAAGUGUUGAAUGUACCCAUUUUUCGCUACCAUAGGCGAGUGAUUCGAAAUAAACUUGAUUUUGUGGUUUCUUUAGGUGGUAUAGGAGGGCUAUUCUUUGGUGUGUCAUUGAUUAGCAUCAUUGAGCUGGUGUACAACAUGUUUUUCAAACCGUACCAUCUGAAAGUUAAGUUUUCUCCACAAAAAUAA